AUGAGCACAACAACAGCAACUAUUGGAGAAACCCCUCAAGUUGGAUCUACCACAACUGUUGGUAGUCAACUUCCAAGAACAAGAGUUAAUCAACCAUUCCUCAAACUAUUUCUUAAUGUAACCUGGUGGGAACCAUUCUUUGAGAUGGCAGUUGGAGCCAUUAUGUUAUUGCUUCCAUCAUCAUGGAUUGUUCUUACAACAUUUAUGAGCCAACCCUUACUUGACUCUAUUGGUUUCUCUCGUACUGACAAUCCAGUAAUUCUUGGAGUUAUUGCAUUAUCACAACUUAAGGAUUUCAUUACAUUCAUGAUUAGAAGCUUUGGAUUUAUGGUUUUUGUGUUUGGAGUUAUUCAUCACUUGUUAUUGAGAAUCUGCUUUAAAGAAUUGGCUUUCAAUGAUCAUAAGGUAUUAAUUGAGAAGGUUCCAAUGUUUCAAUAUAUUGUUACUGCAUUAGCCCUUGGUGAUUUGAUACAUAUUAUUUUGGUUUGGAGCCAUGCAAUGUAUUCAACUGCAUCAGCUGUAAUUAGAAGUGUGGAAGGUGGUAUUUCAAAGGAAGUGGAAAAUAUAGAAGGCUGGUAUGGAGUAUUAUACCUCAUUAUUCCAACUUUCAUAUCCAUGGCAUUAUUUGCAAUGAGACUUACCUAUUUAUCAUUCUAUGCACCUUCUUCAAAUUUGAGUGGAGUAAAGUAUUCAGAGGUUCAAACAAGAAGAGUUCAUGCUGAAUAA